UUUUUUUCCCCAAAUAAACGCACAGCAACCAUUUUUUUAAGAGAAGCAGUGAGUGAGUGUUAAUGCUCCGAAAGCUUCAAUAACAGACAAAGCCAUGCUUCUGAGCUCUUCAUUUCUUGUGUCCCACAUUUCUUUUCCAUGUAAUUCCUCUCUCUCCCUCUCUACACUUAAAUUACUAUCCUUUUAUGGCUACCGCUUACUGGUAUGCAAACAAGAAAUUAUGUAAUUUCUUAUGUUUUUAUGGGCCUUUCUCUUUUUCUUUCACUUUCUUGUGUGGGUUUAUUGAUCUGUGUUCUCUUUUCUUUCCCUUUUCCCCCAUUUUCAAGAUAACUUAUACUCUUUUUGUUACAAAUUACUCGUCCGUUUUGUUUUAAUUGGCGCUUCUUUCGUUCUACAAAUAUUUACUUCAAUUUAGUUAUCCAUUUGACGAAAUUAGUAGGAUUUUAUGAUGUUCUUUAAAUAUUAUUCUUAAUAUUAAAUGAUUAAAUAAAGUAUAUUUAAUUAAAUUUAUAUUUUUGAAGUAUAAUUAAUAAGAUUAAUUUGAUAAAAUAAAUCUCUAAUUUUUUUUAAUGUAUGUAUCAAGUCAAUAAUGAUUAAUUAAUAUAAAAUGGAGGAAGUAUUUGACUUGUUUUGACCGGCACAGAAUUUAAUAAAAAAUACUUUGGACUCUUGUAUUAUUAAAUUAAAGACAUGUUAUUUAAUUUGUAGUCUUAAAUUAGGAACUAAAGAGUUGUUAAAAAGUGAAAAGGGUAUUUUUUCCAAUGGAUUAAAAAGGGAAAUAGGUCAAAUAAAUUGAAAUUGAAACAGAGGGAUUAUGUAAUUAUCACUUUGAUAACUCUGCUAUCAAGAACGUUGUGAAUGCCUUUUUCUUGUUUGAUCUCCCUUUUCAUCUUUAACUAAAUAUUAUAUUAUCCCCAAGAAUUCUCUGAAAGUUAACUAUAUUUUGUUGUAGCCACUGCAAGUAUUACUUCUCAAUUCCAACCUCUACUAGGUUUUUCUAUAUGAAUUGGCUAGUUUCAUAUUGGUUGUUUAACUUAUUUGGACUAGCACUUUGAACUUAGGAACCGUUUGACCAUAAUUUUUGUUUUACUUUUUUUUUUCAAAAAAUUAUUUUGAAAAUUAAGGUGUUUGGUCUUGGGAAUUCAAUUCCAAAUUAUUUUUGGAAAAAUUCACUUUUUUACGACUUCAAUUUGAACUUUAUUUAUUAUUACAAAUGACUUAUUUUUUUCUUUUUACAAAAAUACCCUAUUAAUUUCAUUAACAACUGAAUUUGAAUGCCUAACUACCACAUUGCUCAUUUCUUACUACUUCCAUUGAUAAAAGACCUUAAAAUUGAAGGCAACUUCAAUCUUUUUUCUUCUUCCUCAAUAUCGGCUAGUGAUACAACGGAACCUUAAUCCGUCCAUUCUUACGACUCUUUAUGCAACACCAACAACGAAGGCAAUAUUAUUGUCUCCUCUCCCAUUUUGAUUGUAUCUUAAAGAAGUCAACAUUCCACUGCUGCUUAGGUGCCACAUUCCAAGAUAAAAGGGUUAAGGAACAGAAAGUAAAUAUAUUGCAUUAUGAGGACAAUAUGAAGCGCAGAUCUCUCCUGUUUUUUCUGAUUACAUCCGGCAUAUCUCCUGCUCUCCCAGCUUUUGGGAAAACAAAGAGCAAAAACCCGUAUGAUGAAAGACGCUUACUAGAGCAGAACAAACGGAUCCAGAGAGAAAAUAAUGCCCCUGAAGAGUUUCCCAGUUUCGUCAGAGAAGGUUUUACAGUUAAAGUAGUAACGUCCGAUAACUAUGUAAAGCGUGAUUCUGGUCUUAUAUUGUGGGAUUUUGCUGUUGGUGAAGGUGAUUGCCCAAAGGAUGGUCAACAGGUGACUUUCCACUAUGUUGGUUAUAACGAGUCUGGACGUCGUAUUGACAGCACAUAUCUACAAGGUUCUCCUGCAAAAAUUCGGAUGGGCACUAAAGCAUUGGUCCCAGGUUUUGAGGAAGGAAUUAGAGACAUGAGACCUGGGGGCAAAAGGAGGAUAAUCAUACCUCCAGAACUAGGACCUCCGGUUGGGCCUUCAACAUUUUUUAGCUCAAAACAGUUUGAAGUUUUUGACGUGGAAUUGCUAGACGUCCAAGACUGCAAGCGUAGGACAAUUGGCUUUUACUCUGAUGUUGUUUGCAAUUGAACUAUAAGCUCAUUUUGUGAAUAUUUCAGACACGUCUUUGUAUCAUUGCUAUCAGGAGAAGAGACAUUUUCCCUUGUC